AUGGCAUCAGCUGUACUUCCGAAAUCACUUCAACGUACUGAUAGUACUGGUCAACUAAAUGUAUUUUUAUUAUUAAAAAAGAAGUCAAAUGAUGAUUUAAUUUUGAUAUCGAGAGAAGAUCUACCACCAACACUUCGUAGUGGAAAAUUAGUAUUAAAUCAGAAAAUAAUUAUUCGUGAUGAAGAACGAAAUAGCAUUGAAGGUGUAAUUGUUUACAUGAAUACAGAUCGUGAGAAUUGUCUUUCAUUUAAGAAGCAAGUAUUUGAAAAUAAAAUGCAAAAUAAUGAAGCAGGUGUUAUUUCCAAUUCUUCUGCUUCACAUUCAUCUUCAUCACGUACGAAUGUCAGUACACGAUGCCCAACGAUCAUUACAAAGAGAUCAAAUGCACCGCCAACAACAGCACAAAAAUCAACAAAGUCAUCAUCGUCAAAUAAAAAGCCAGUCGAAGCACCACCUAAAGUACUAUAUGAAGCUGGUGAAUAUCAAGAGCGUAGUUUUAGUAAUUCCAAUACUAUUGAUCUUAGUAAUGUUGGUUCAUUGCCAUCACCACAUCUUCAUGAGAAAAAUAAGAGUCGAACAACUUUUAAUGGUACAUUUGAUUCAUCGACUACAGGAACAAAUGACAACGACAAUGACAUUUAUGUCGAUAAAAUAAAUCAACUAUCUUUACAACUAGAGCAACAAAUACAAAUAACCAAAGAACGUGAUGCUGAGUUAAAACGUUUACGAUCGAUAACGAUAGAAAUACCAACUGAUCAAGUUAUUCGAGACUACAUAUGCUAUUUUGCAGAUAAAAUUAAACAACAAACAAUAGGGCAUAGAUACAUCGGAAACUUAACAAACGAUGCUAGACGUUUAGGAAUUGGCGUUGAAAAAUUGUCUGAAGUUUUGAACUCAAAAGCUGCGAUUUCAAGUGUUGCUAGAGAAAUUUUCAAACGAAUUAUUCCCGUAGAACAAAGAUCAGUAAACCAUUGGAAUAAAUUAUCAGUAGAAGUUAUUGUAAAAGAAAAAGUUUUGAUUGAAUUUUUAGAACGAUAUUAUGGUGCUCUAGAAGUGGAUCCGAAAAAGAUACAUAUUAGUCUUGUUGGCUGUCUCCGUAAUCAUCGUGGAAAACAGAACAAAUUAAAACAACAAGUUGAAAAAUGUACCAAUAAUAAUGAAGAUGAUGAUCACGUCAACGAAAUUACUUAUGUUGCUGGCAAUGACACUGAUUAA